UACACACCUUCAAUCCUUUCCCAUCUCCCAUGGCCUUAUCUGCCCUCUCUCCGCCGUUCGCCACCUUCUCACCCCCGGAUCUCCGCCACCCCCCAACAGCAGCCGCCCCUUUUCCGGCCAACAACUCGACACCUCCAUCUCAGCGUAAAUGGACCGCGAACGCCUCAUUCUUCUUGGGUUCAUCGAAAAAACAAGAGGAGCACCUACGCAGAAGCCGUAAAGCAAGAGCUUCUCGACGCCAUUCGCCCUCUCGACUGCGGCGCCGACGCCACCCCUGAAGAUCAAAAACUCAUCGAUCGUCUUGAAGCAGUGAAUCCGACAGCGCAGCCAGUGAAGUCUGAUCUGCUGAAUGGGAAGUCGGAGCUUAUUUACACCACUUCACAACCUAUUUUGCAGACAUUGAGGCCUAAGGUGUUUAGAAGCAGAAGAAACUAUCAAGCAAUCAAUGCAGAUACACUUCGGGCUCAAAACAUGGAAUCUGCACCUUUCUUCAAUCAGGUUACUGCAUAUUUGACAAUUUUGAAUGCUAAAAAGGUGGGUGUUAAAUUCGACUAUUUCAAGCUUGGAGGUUUGUUAAGUCAUCUAGAAAGAAAGUUAAUUAGUGUAUAAUAUUUUUAGAUAUGUGACUGUCUUAAUUAUGCUAUAAAUUAUACUCCACUGUUCCACUUUAUAAAAUGGCUCAUGUUAUUAGGUGCAGUUGUUAGAGUGUAAUCAUAGUUAAAUAUUUUAAUUAAAAAAAAGAGAGAGAGAGAAAUUCUAUUUGGAAUAUAGACAUUUUGGGGGACAAACUAACAAAAAUUUGGACAUAUUGAAUGGAUGGAUGGAGUACAUAAUAGUUUCAAUUCUCACAAUUUUUUUUCUUUUUCUCUUUUCUGUUCUAUAUCAUGUUUUAUCAAUUACACAUUAAAACUUGUGGUGAUUUGCAGAUACCUGUAAAAGCUCCUGCAAAUGUUGUAGAUACUAAACUGAUACAUUUGAUCUUAGCCAACCAAGAAAGAUAUGAACUUUUACUUUUAAGAUAACUUUAUUAUUAUAUCGAGUGGGAAAAGAGUACGAGAUUAAUCA